GGCUCGGGACCCGGAAGCAGAAGCGGGGCCGGGAGGCGGCUGGAUGGGAAAGAGCGGCGGCGGGCGGCGAUGGGGGAACAGCAGAGCUCGCUGAGCACCCCGCGAGCGGCCGCUGCGCCGCCGAGCCCGGCCGGGGACCCGCGGGAGCCCGGCCCGGACGAGCCACCUUCGCCGCGAGAGGCGGACCCGGGCGGCGGGGCGGCCGGGCCGGGGCGAGGCGGGGAGCUGCUGGCGGCCGCCGCCGGCCCCGAGCGGCGAGGAGCCGAAGAGGAGGCGGAGGCGGCGGCCGGGCCGGAGCAGCCGCCGGGCUCGGGGGAACCGGCGGCCCCGGCGGAGGAGGGGCCGGAGGGAGGCAGCGGUCGCCGCCGCCCCCCCCGGCGGCACGUGUACUGCACCGUCUACUGCGUGGAGAACGACCGGCCGGUGGCGGCCCCCGGCUCCCCCCGCGGCGGCCCGGGCGUGGGGCAGCCCCCCGCGCGGCGCGGGGUGGUGUCGGGCGACGACCCGCUGUCGUCCGGCGGCAGCAUCGAGGUGGUGGACUUGUACCUGCUGCCCGAGCCCUUCUCCGGGCUGAUCGCGGGCGAGUUCGGGCCGCUGCUGCUGCUGAGCUGCCGCGUGUGCCUGGAGGAGAAGCCUAUCAAGCCCCUGUCCUGCUGCAAGAAGGCGGUGUGUGAGGAGUGCCUCCGGCGGUACCUCAGCUCCCAGGUGCAGCUGGGACAAGUGGAUAUAAAAUGCCCCAUCACAGAGUGCAGCGAACACCUGGAUGAAACAACUGUCCUCUAUAACCUGCCCCAUGACGACAUCAUCAAGUAUAAAUACUUCCUGGAACUCAGCCGCAUUGACUCCAGCACCAAGCCAUGCCCUCAGUGCAAGCACUUUACAACCUUCCGGAGGAGAGGCCACAUUCCUACCCCUGCCAAAUUGGAGAACAAAUACAAAAUCCAGUGUCCAUCUUGCCAAUUUGUCUGGUGUUUCAAGUGCCACUCUCCCUGGCAUGAAGGCGUUAACUGCAAAGAAUACAAGAAGGGAGACAAGCUGUUACGUCACUGGGCCAACGAAAUCGAACACGGGCAGAGGAAUGCCCAGAAGUGUCCAAAAUGCAAGAUCCACAUCCAGAGAACCGAAGGGUGUGACCACAUGACCUGUUCACAGUGUAACACUAAUUUCUGUUACCGUUGUGGGGAGAGAUACCGCCAGCUCCGCUUCUUUGGAGACCACACGUCAAACCUCAGUAUCUUUGGAUGCAAAUACCGCUACCUCCCCGAGAGACCACAUUUAAGGAGAUUAGUGCGAGGCUCUGUCUGUGCUGGAAAACUACUCAUUACGCCCCUAAUAUUGGUUCUGGGACUGGCACUGGGAGCCGUAGCUGUUGUAAUAGGUUUAUUUGUGUUUCCUAUCUAUUGCCUUUGUAAAAAGCAGAGGAAAAGGUCACGGACAGGUAUGCCCUGGUGAGGACGGACAUUACUCACCUGAACUGAGCUGGUCCUGCAAGGGCUAUCCAUGUUUUGUGCAACAGAGCAAUACAGUGCUGGUUACAGCAUCAAAGCCACCGCCCUGGAAGAAGGAUGGGGGCUCUCCUGCCAUCUUCCCUCAGCUGAAAACACUACUGCAGACCAGAAAGCCUCUUUGCUCUGGUGCACUCUCAACAAGAUGGGCCCCCUGGCUGCUGCUUUUUAAAUGUU